AUGGCCAUCAAAAAGUUUACUUCUCAUAACUUUUACGGCCUUUUUUAUUUGUCACCAUUUUUCCUGUCUAACCCAGAAGCAGGAAAGUGCACGGAGACAUCAAGGAGCCUCAGCGAUAAAGCUGAUUGGCCCCACAAGCUCGUAGCUCAAUUGGUCAAGCCCUCUGGAGUCGAAUCAACCGAGGCGGUAGAGCAGGCUGCUAAGAUUGCACAACUCGGGACCAAAUGUUAUGAUGACGCAUACGAAGAAGCCCGGCUCAAGUUUGAGGAUAAACUAAUCGCGCUCAGAGGUGAAGACGUUAUAUUAAGACACAAAUUUGAGAAAGUUGGUCGGAAGUGUCAAAUAUUCUGGCUCAGAAAUCAAGCUGACGAAGCUCAUGCUGCCUGUAAAGAAGCCCAGGUUAAAGCAAAAAGACUAAAAGCUAGAAUUUACCGUGCUAAAGCGGCCGAAACUGAAGAGCCCCUUUUAGCGACACAUGGAUCGGGUCAAGCCGACACCGAUGAUCAUUAA